CCAGUUGAAUUCCCUCUUCGAGCAAACCACCAUUCUCACACGACACGACAAAGUAAACUUGAAACUUUCUUUAUUUUUUAUUUAUUUUUUAAUUCAUCAUUCAAAAUGCCACCCGCAUCAUCAAUCGAGCUCACCCUUGUGCUCGCCGCAACGCGGGACAUGGGCAUCGGCCGCGCUGGGACUCUACCAUGGACGGGCCUGAAGAAAGAGAUGGCAUAUUUUGCCCGUGUUACCAAGCGUCUCCCUGCGACAGAUGAUAAGCCAGCGUCGGCACUCAACGCCGUCAUAAUGGGCCGCAAGACGUGGGACAGCAUCCCGCCCAAGUUCCGCCCGCUCAAGGGCCGACUGAACGUCGUGCUGAGCCGAUCGUUUCCGGAGCUCAAGGCCCCGCCGCCGUCACCGGCCGUCUCAACGACUGAUGCGGGUGCUACUGCUGUUUCUACUGUGGAAUCGCCGGCAGCCAUAAACGACAGGGAGCCCAUCCACGCGCGGUCGCUGCCCGAGGCGCUGGCCUACCUCGCCCAGCUCAGAGAGCAGCACGAGGCCUUGGGCAAGGUGUUCGUCGUUGGCGGGGCGCAGAUCUACGACGCCGCCCUGGGCCUGCCCGAGACGCGUCGGGUGCUCUUCACGAGCGUCAUGUCUGAUUUCGAGUGCGAUGCGUCGGUGGCGCUGCGGCUGGACGAGGGGUCCGGUUGGAGGAGGGCGUCCAAGGAGGAGCACGAUGCCUGGGUAGGCGAGGAGGUCCCGGCGGGCGUGCAGGAGGAGAAUGGGACGCAGUAUGAGUUUCAGAUGUGGGAGAGGUUGGAUUGA